AUGGCGAAGGCGAGCUCUUGGGUUCGGCACGUGGAAUCCUUCGUAGAUUCGUCUCGUUCGUCUGAACAGCAGGUCCAUGUCUCGAACUCGGAGUUUGUCUUUCUUUCCUUCCGGGGGACUGACUCCAAGAGGUUUUCUCCCGUUGAGUUUGUCGCUGUGGAAUCUUAAAGCUUUGUCUAAUUUUGCAUAUAAUUUCUGUUGUAUUAUUUUUUAUCUUUUAUUUUUCUUCUCUGAUAUCUUUAUCUCUUGUACAGACGAGGGAACUUGUAAUCAAGCUUAUCAAUUCCUCACUAAAUAUAUUGAUUCGUCUUUUCAGAAAGCAAGCAUCAAUGCGAUUGCUGAACUUGUGAAGAAUGAUCUUUUAACUAUCGAGGGAUUGGUAUCUCUCUCUCUGUUCCUUUCAUGUUACCUGCACUUGCACAGAAUAGCACCUAUUUACAGGCAUACACGCUGGCAGUCUCCAAGUUCGCACAAGAACUAGUUUUUUCGCCCGUUAUUAAUUAUCCGUUAAUUUAUUUUUUUUCCCCGUAGGUUAGAGAAUUGGAGCUCUAUCUGACAACAAAUGAUAGUGUUAUUCGAGCAAGAGGUAUCAUUUCUUUAAAAAAAAUAAAAUUCCGCAAGAUACUUUGAGCCUUUACAUCGGGAUACCUACACAGAUUCUGUUGUGUUUUCCAUCGGAAGGAACGCUCGUUAUACAUUGUAGUAUACACCAAGGUGGUAAAGGCUUUAUUAAAAAUACUCAACCCUCCGAGAGUGACAGAGUGCAUUCCUCCGCCAAACCAUGUCACAGUGCGCUUUCUCACACUACUACAAGCACUUGCGAUCACUAUCUCAAUAAAGUCAUUUUGCUUCAAGGACAUCUAGCUGUUCCUUUUAUUUCACUUCUGCCCAUUUUUUUUCAUUUUUCCUCUUUUCUGUUUUUUCUGAGUUAAGCUAAAUCGUGAAUUGAUGUCUUAGAGGGAUUCGGUGAAUUUUCUGCGCUGUAAUAUUUUUCAAUGAAAAAGCGUAGAAAUAAAGACACUUUUCAUUUGUCUUGCAACUGAAAAGGCUAUGGGCGGGACAGAGCAUUCAGUUGUAAUUUAUUUCUAGUAUCUUUAUCGUUCUCACCCCUUGUUGUCCAUAUGACUGAAUUUUAUUAAUGUGAAUUAUGUAUAUUUCAACCAGAAAAUGCACUUGAUUUCAGGCAUACUUCUUCUUGCUGAAGUCCUGGCUCAGCUUCAUUCAAAACCGCUUCAUCAUGCUAGUAUACACUUCUUGAUAGGAUUCUUCACAUCAAGGCUGGUGAGUAUGAACUCCUUGUUGAAACUGUACGGCAACCAAAAAACAAUUCUUCCUCCUCUUUUUCAAAUCUGUGGCAAAUUUAUUUAUUUUUUUGGUCAAUAUGCUUUCUUUUCAAUAAAGGUCCCUAUUGUCUGUGUGCUUUGAAUCCUACAAAAGAAUGAUUCUUCUCUUCCGUAGUCAAAGGUUUAUGUGACGCUCUCCUUCUAUCAGGCAGAUUGGCAAGCUUUACAUGGUGCACUUGUUGGAUGCUUAGUUCUUUUGAGGAGGAAAAAAGAUGUUGGUAUGGUUAUGGGUAAUGAUGCAAGGACACUUGCUCACUCUUGUUUGGAAAAUGUUCAAAUACAGUCAUUGGCACUCCAUGAUCGUAAGGUGCGUUUAUCUCAUUUGAUAUCACUACUUGCCACCCUUCAUCUUCUUAUUUUUUAAGCUUUACCCAAUUUAUAUGUGGUUUCACUUUCAGCUGUGCUUUGAACUCUUCCGAUGCCUGCUUGAUAUGCACCCUGAGGAUGUUGCUACCCUGGUAUUUACGCUUCUAAUUAUUCUUACCCUCGAACAUUGUCCCAAAUAUAUUUUCAGUGUAUAAUUUGCACUCUGGUGACUCUUUAUUCUCUGUUGAUUUGCGUUUUGGGAUGUGGUUUUUGGACACUUUUGAUUAUUCAUUUGUCAUUGGGUAGCUUUCCCUUUCAGGUACUUUUCCAUAUGAGUUGGUGAAUGUUUUGUCAAAGCAAGUUGACUCACACACUGCAAAAGAUUUUCUCAAAUUUCAUUGGUUUAGUGCUUGGUGCACUUAGGGCUGGAUUCGCUGCAUGGUAAAAGACUUUUUCAGGUGCGAACUAUUCUUCGGGGGGGUUUAGGUCAGAGAACCCAGAAGUUACAGCUAAGUUAGCCUUAGUCGCUGUUGAGCUCCCAGAUUAAAAAAAACAAUUUAACUUUUUGUUUUCCUAGGCUCAGCUUAAUUCUGAGUUUGUCACUGGUAGUAGGAGUAUAGGAUCACGAUAAGGAAAAUGUCUCCAUACUUUAAAUUAGUGUAUAUUGUCCAAUUCUCACUGAAGAUUCUUUUUUCGUAGCUUUAGUCAAUACAGUGAAUGAAUGCUGAAGUUUUAGCAUGUAGAUAACUACAGGGAGAAAACAUUUAUACAUAAAUGGUGGUAUAUAGAUGUAUACUCUCUUUUCUCUCAUUGGGAGAUAAUUUGACUACAAGGUUUUUUUUAAGGUUAUUAUUUUUCAGAUUAAUUUUGCUAGAAUGGAAAUUUGAAAGGUCACUGGUGGAGGAUAUAGGUUGCUGGACAGUCCAUAAUUAAGGAAUAGAUUUGUAAAAGUGUUUUUCCCCACUCUAGUUAAAUCUGUUGCCUUGGAUAUUUCUAUGGAGGUUUAUAAAAAAUUGACAAAAUGGCAGUAUUGGCUUGUCUUCGGUAUUCUCUGAUGAUCUUAUUAAACUGUACAUCAUUCCCAUGUAAAAAACGGUUUUGUGAUUGAGAGACUUAUUACUAUGCUCUAUUUUCCCAUUCCCUUAAAACUUAUCUAAUUCAAGUUGUCAUUCUUUAGAACAUGAUGUCUUAUACCGGGGAUUACUGACUGGGGUUGGCCAGCCAGUCAAACUGAUAAAUGUUGUUAACUCCUCUCGUGAUGCCUAGACUUGGCAUCCUUGUAAAAAUGAUUCCAGUGAAGUCACUGCCUCUUGGGCGCAUUGCUUGACCAAAUUCAGAGAAAGUAGUCAUUUUCCUCCACAUCCGGUUCCUCUGCUCUUGACUCUUGACUAUGAAGGUGGUGCAUGCGCUACUGGUAAGUCCUAUAGAAAAUCUGUGGAUUUAGGAUUGGCCAGUGAUUUAGAUUAAAAACAAAUAAAGGUUUUACGUGAAGUCUAAACUGUAUUAUGUGAUACAAAAACAUUCCCAUCUGUCAUUCCCCUUCUUUUCCUUCUCAUUCUGUCUCUUCCACAUUUCUUUAUCUCUGUUUUCUGAUGUAUCAUUCCUAGUCAUGGUUGACUUUGAAGGUUAUUGGUGAUCGUUGGAUUAGAAUGGACAGACUGCCGAGUUGAUUUACCAUUCUCAUCUCAUGCACGACUAGAAUUGGAUCAACUAUCUGGGUGAUAUUGGGUUGAUUUUAGCUGGUAUGUCUUGCCUUGAGAGUUCCUCUUAAAGAAUUGACAAGCAUAAAUAGAAGAUAAAUAUGAGGAAAACCAUUAUUCUCCAAAACUUUCUGAUUUUCCCAAUAACAUCUGAUCAAGAUAUGUAGAUCAUUGAUCAGGUGGCUGAUUUGGGAGGCUUGGGCUGAUUUGUUCUGGAAAACCUUGACUUGAAAUGAUAUUAUUUAAAUGAUUGCUUACCGAUAAUGUUUACUGUAUACUGUUAUUGGUAGCCAGACCCAUGUUUAUGUUAUGCUGUUUUUUUCUAAUUUCCCUCAUGAUAUCUGCGUGCGUUUCUUUUUGCUGAAAAUAUAUCUCGUAUAGGGUGAAGACCUCGUUCAUGGCAUCUGUGCAGCAAUUGAUCAGGAGAAGGACCCUCGAUGCUUAAUGGAUGCAUUUCACAUUGUUAGGAACCUGGCACGAUUAUAUCCUGAGCCAUCUGGCCCAGUAGGAGGCUAUGCUAGUGAACUUUUUGAGGUUUUAAGUUGCUAUUUCCCUGUCCACUUCACACAUGUAAGUCAGCAUGAACAUAUAUUAUCGUUUUUGAUAUCGAUUCCGUACUGUUUCAAACAGCGAAUUAGAACUCAGUAGCGAUAACAGCAAAUGUGCUAUCUCACAUCAUUUUGCUUCUAAGUCAUGUGUGACUAUAUCAUAAUUGACGAGUGUUAUGUUAACAAAUAUAUUGACGAAUUAUGUGUACAUCGUCUGAAUUUCAUAGUUGAAUAUCUUGCUAGCAAUUUGUUUUUUGGUUUGGAUGGUCCUUAUCACAGAAACGGUCACAACAUUUAUUCAUCAAUUUUUUUUUAUGGAUUCGAAACUCCCAGUAGAAUGCACUUGUUACUCGUGAUACUUAACCUGGACUGUGUCCUACUCAUAACAGUUGUAGUCUGGGAUCUCAAUAUCCAAAGAUCUUUGAUAAAAAACAAUGGACGUUUUCAACCUGAUUUCAAUUUCCAGCUUUUGCCAAUGUCAUGCAUAUCAGAUGUCAUGCAACUUGUAACUACCUUGAAUGCUACCUUGACACGCUUGGACUAGUUGAUGAGCGUAUGAGUACAAUUCAGGUGAAAAUUAUGAAAGAAGGUAGUGAGAAAGAGGGGAAAAAAAAAGACAAUGUGAAAGAUGUAUAUGCAUGCUAAGAAAGUAAAGAUAAGAUAGCGAAAUUACUGUAGUCUGAAAGUUCUGAUCCAAUUCUCCUACUUCACUCCAAUAAUUUUGAGUCAGUGACUAAACCUUCUGGCAUUCUCAGGUAAUUCUCAUUUUAUUUUCAGUGCGCUACUCCUUUCUGAAGUGCUACUUUUCAUAAAUCCUUUGCUUAGUGCUGUGUCACUUAUUGGUAUUAACAUCGUCCUAGUGACUUCUGCGUCACACCUUCUCCUUCAAACUUUUCUCAUUGCCGAGUGCUUAGACGCAUGCAGAUUUGUUGAGCAUACACCAAUCGUAUGAAGCUUCCUUGAAGAGUAUAAUUGAUAUUUCUAUCAAGGAGUAUGCAUCAUGGCAUUGCCUACUUCAUUUAUAAAAUUUCAUCCAAUUCUCAAUGCUCUUUCUUAUGACUCUAGCCACAGAUAAAAUCCCGAUGGGAGCAUAAAUACUGGGCAACAACAUUUUUGUGUCACGAAUUUUAUCUGUUAUUAUUUUUGGGCAACAACAUAUGUGUGUCAGGGCUUGAUUCAGAUUUAUCACUACCUCAUUGUACUUCAAUAUUCUUUUUUCUAUCCACUGAGUAGUGAUCAUUUUCUUGUUUUAUGCAGCUAAAGGUGGAUGACACCGGUAUCCUGAGGGAGGACCUGUCAGAGGCCUUAAUGGUGUGAAAACUAACAUUCACAUAUUUUUAAAAUUACUCAAUAAAUGUUUCAAAUUAUCAGCACUUUUACAUUUUCAAGUAUGGGGAUCGAUUUUCAUUAAGUAAAACAUCCAUUCAUAAUUUUGGAUAAUUGUAACGCAAUUCUACUUCAUCUGCUACCCAAAAAAAAAGGAAAAUCAAGGUGAAAAAGCAUAAGAGAAGACACUUGUCAGAAGAAGAUUAAUGAGAGAUAUAAAUGGAACCGCGGGGGGGGGGAGGGGGAGGGGGGGGUUGUUGGAGAAGAAAUGGAAAAGAGUCAAGCGGGAGAUCUUGUGUAUUUUCAUCAUUCAUGUCAUGUUGAUUUUUAUUAGUGGAAUAGUUAACCGUAAUUUUCAGUAGAGCGUUUUUUAAAAUCAAAAGCGUGGUUUGAACAUGGAAGAAUUAAAAUGAAACUAGAUAUAUUAAACUGCAGUUAUCAUCCAGUGUUUCUUCCAUGGAGAAAUAGUGAGAAAACUCAUUCCCCAUUUUCCACGUUUCUAUUUUGUUUCUCGUUGUGCACAUAUGGCAUCGAAGCAGAUGUUGUCCUAUGCUAAAGAGACCUACUUUCUUCUAGGAAACUUACUGAAGUGGUGUGCAAGCAGUGCUCAAUGGCCCCUUAAAAAAAAUUGAAGUAGAUCUGGCCAUAACAUAAAGCCGAAUCUGCCCCUUAGAAAUUGAAUGUAGAGGUGAUGCCACGUCUACAUUUCAGCACAGUAAUAGAAUGUUCUUCAUCCAUCUUCAUAAUGAAAGAUGACCAAUAUUUUUGGGUUUCCAGAUCUACUAAUGUUUCCCAAAGCUCUGUAAAGUUCUCUUCGAACAUUAUUUUGUCCCUCUUCCCAAAUAGCAUAUACCAUUGUGUGGGCAUCAACACCAGUCUUCUCCUAUUCCGAUUUUUCACUCCAUGAUGGAAAUAUAUCUUUGAAAUUAUGCCACCCUAUAAGACUAUUCAUACCUUGAAAUUGUAUACUAUCCAUGGAGUGUAUUCCAUGUUGUAUUGAAAAUCCCACAAUCAAUGAAAAGAUCAUCCACUGUUGCCACCUUUAUGUCAGAAUAUUCAUAGUUAUCCUUCAUAUUCUGGUUUGUUUUUUCGAUCCUGCUGUUGGGAAGCAAUCUUUCAAGUGCCACUUCUUUCAAAAAGAUCGAUUUUUGAGAGACAAAGGCAUGACCUUGUUCGAAAAUCCUCUUCAUCCCUUGUACUCUCUGCUAUGAUGAGCUUUCACAAAAGAUUUGGUUGACAAUCUUCUCUUUAUUUCUAUUUCCUCGCUCCAUUUUAUUUGUCACUGUGAAGCUGAAGUAAUGUUGUAUGUGUUUUGCAAACUAGGAAAUAUUUUGCUUUCGUCAGUAUGUACUUCCUUCUAAACUGGAAAACUAGUCCGGUUCAUGUGGAUUUUAUGUGGUUUCUAUCAUUCUCGGUGGAUAGCUGAGUUCAUUAUCUGAACUUAGUUGCAGAUGGAUCUUCUGCACACAGCAAUCAUCCUUAAGUAUAUUCAAUUGACCGUUGCUUGACUAAUAAAUGAAUGAAGCAGUCACAAAAUCUGAUGUUUUAAUAAUAUUUUAUGUCUUUUAUUCGGUAGUGUUUAUAACAAAUCCGGUUCAUUGCAGAGGAAGGAUUAUCUUUGGAGCAAAUGCCCCAGUGAUCUUCCUUCUUGUAUUUAAUUUCACCGAUGAUAGACCACACGUUAGGUAUACAAUGACAUCAUCCAUUUCAGACGGAUGAGUAAUGGUCGCCUUGGAACCUGGAUUGAACUCGGAAAGGGAGCUUAAAGAUUUGGGAGAUUAUCAUGCAUGAGAUCCUCUGUCCCAUUUGGAGUAGAGAACCUAAUGGCUCAUUAAAGUGUACCUUUUCAGCUGAUAUGGUACUUAAUUAGAUGAUAAGAUCCAGGAGUGCGUAAGAUUCACGCAGCUCAUAUAUGUAUCUGUUAUUUUUGGCAACAUUGUGGUGAAGGACAAGAAUAUAGUGUUUCGGGUUACCAGUGUAGCUUACAUCAUCAUAGUAUAGCGCAUGGUUUUUGUACAAAGUUUUUUGAGAGCUCCAUGGAUACCUACGUGUCCAUCCAUCCAUUUCGUUUCGUUCUUUAAUGAUUACAUGGCGCGAAACAGUUUCAAAAAACAAUUAUGCAAAUUGUUUAGGAGGACUCCAAGGGAAAAAAGAGAUAUCCCCGUCUCUAUCUUUUCCCUUGGCUUCUUCCCAUCUAAUCCUAGUCAGCACCAUUGUUUCGGUAAUGAUGCCCUGCUGUGCUUCUGCAAACUCGUAAUUUACCAACAAGAUGUAAACUUCUUUUUUCCUUUUGAAAUAAAAGAGAUAGGGAGAUGUAAACUUCUAAUAGGCUCAAAUCUGUUGUUGAUUGCUUUAGGGAUGCUGAAUAUGUGUGGGAAAUAUAUAGGGAGACAAAUACCAAUGCAGAAAGGAUCCAUCUUCCUCUGAGUUGAGGACAUUUUUUCAUCAUAUUUCCUCUGGAGAAAAAUAUGCUUCUCAUAAAUUUUUGUACAGUUGUUUUUUUCUUGCCUUUUAGGUUAUGCUGUAAAUAAGUGGUUGAACAUUGCUUGUCAUUAUCCUUGCUGUAAAUGAUAUUCGUAUUUGUAUCUUUCUGAUUAUUCACUCUUAUAACGGUCACUUUUUUUUUUGUAGCAUGCCUUUUGCGCUUCUCCAUUCUUUGAAGAGUUUGCCAUCCCAUUACUGCUGGACAAGCUUUCCUCAUCUCUUCAUUUGGCAAAGGUAUGUAAUAAAGCUCAGGUUCUACUUUCGUCAGCAUAUCCUUAUCUGUUAUUGCUCGCAGUGUUUAUCAUCUUAAAGUGGCGUGUAACAUUUCACAUAAAUACUUACAGCUUGAUUCACUGAAGUACCUUGGCAGUUGUAUAUUAUGGUAUGGAGCAAAUAGGAUGUCUAAGCAUGCAAAAAAAUUAUGGUUUUCUUUGAAAGAUGUUAUCUUUCAUUUUCCGCGGAAUUCUUCCAUUUUAGUCCCGAAAUCAAUUGAAGAGAAGGAUUCACUGUCCUAUCAAAUUGCGGAAGAAGCUUUGAAGUGUUUACGGGCGGCCAUUUCACAGUUCAGUAAUUCAGAUGACGACCCUUUUUCAAGUUUAAUCAUAAACGAUGAAGAUAUUGAGAUGAGUUUCUUGUCUGGGACUGAAGGAAGAAGUUAUGAAUGUAUGUCGGAGGAAAGUCAGCGGAAAAUAAUUGCUGUUGGAAGUAUCUUGUGUGAAUUGGUUAAGGCUUCUGGACCUUGUUGUAACAGAGUGAUUAAAAUAUUCUUUCCCCAGCUAAUGAACAUGCUAGGGAUCACUAUCAAUGGCUCACAUUCUCCUUCUGAUAUGACAUAUAAUGGAAGAUUAAACUUUGGAGCCCUCUACUUGUCUGUAGAGCUUCUUUCUUCAUGCAGAGACUUGGCUGUUGCUGCUCAAGAUUCCUCAGAAUUCAUUUUACAUAGUGAAUGGUGCUCCUUGCUUCAAGGUUUCUCGACUUCAUUAGCUCAUUCUUUUGGUUUGCUGCUGCAAUCUUGCAGCUCUGGAGAUGUAAACGAAAAGACUCGUGUUAGAGACGCCUCUUUUCUAGGUAAAUCAUUUUAAUAUAUUAUUUUUGUUCUUCGGUUGCAUUUCUUGCUGGCUGUUAUUUCUAUUUGCUUGUCUUCUCUCUCCUGCCCAAGCAUUGGCUGCUUUAUCAGCAUGCCUGGAAUGUGUAUGCUAAGAUGAUACAUUUCUAUUGGGGAGAGGGAGGGGGCCCAAUAACAAGACCAUACUAUUGCAGUUUACUGUAUGCACGGGCACAGCUGAUCUUGACUCUUGGAGGCCUAUUUUAUGUAUAGUACAUAUCGUUUAUGUUUGUGUAUUUUAUUACUUUAUUACUUAAAAGGAACAUACAAGUCCCAUAUCAACUGUAGGAAAGGGUUUCCCCUAUUAGUCUCGUAUCUUGCUAGAGUUAGUCCCCUCUUAGUCACUAGAACGGACCGCACAACAAGGGGUCAUUCCAGGUCCACGCUCGUCGACAACCCUAGCUUCUCCAGUUGUAGAACAUUCAAAUAUGUCAUUUCGCUUCUCAUAUAGCUUCUAACUGGUUAAGAAUGGCAUCAUGUUCUCCAACUUCCAUGCACAAUGUCAGAGUUUGAGCUUUUUAUUCGAACUUUCAAGCUCUCGUCUUGCUUUGGUCAUUGCUUGUUGUUAUUAACGAGAGUAAUGCUAAAUGAUGUUGACAUUCCCAAAUUCAACUGUGAUUUAGAAGCAUUAAGCCUGUUUACUUGCAGGUUUAUCAUUAAUCAUCCCUGUUUUCUUCCAUUUCCUGUCUUUACACCAUCUCCGUGGUUUUCUCGUAGUUACUCCUUGACAGAUCUUACCUUAAUCUUUGCAUCUUUCCUUGUCCUCUUGCACAAACCUUCAUCACCCAAGUCCUCUCAUGAGGAUCAUCCUAGGACAAUGCCAAACUCAAAUUGGGAUCAGUCCCUAGUUGAACUCGCUAUAUAAAUCUUCUCAAACCAUUCUAAUGUCCAAAAAGUGUUCAAAAUUUUAAAAGAAAGCUGACUUGGAGUCGAAAGAAUGUUUGUUAUAGUGGAGAGAGUGACUUUAUUAGAUGUAGAAGAAUGAGGAGAAAGGAGGGAGAUAAGAAGAGAGGAGAGACUAGAGACGGGGGGGUAUAGUUGGGUGGGUAGAUGAAGCAAGAAUGCAUUGACACGUGGGACAUAAUUAUUUCUGUAUUUCUGAAAAGCACAUUCCUCAAAACAAAAAAAACUCUCAUUUGUAUCCGUUUGUAGUGUGGACUCUUUUGGAGAAUCUGUUUACUUGAUUUCCUCCAACUUGUCAAAGUAGGGAAACCAAAAAACUGUACAACUGACUUUACCCAUCCGUGCUUGUGCCAGAACUUAUAGUGUGUGUUGAUUCCUGUUGUAUAGUCAUGGAAGAUAUAAGGUUCUAUUAAUAAUGAUGGAAAUCCGCUGUUAUAGCUGCAGUUCUAUGAGCAUCAUCUCUGAUCUUUUUGGCGCAGCCGUGUUCUAGGACGAAAAGGGUUUAAAAAAGACAAUGAUAUGGGGUAAUUCUGCUCUUAUACGCUUAUACCCAUCUGCUUAUGUGUAAACUAAAUUUAGAUCAGCUGACUGCAUCCAAAAGAGGUGUUGAUUUUAAUUUCCAGGAAAUUUUUCAAGUCCUAAACCCCAAAUCUUAAAGUUACUGGAAUGAUUUAGCUUGCAUUUUUAUAAAAAGUGUAGAAGAGAAAAAGACAUCUAAAAAAGGAAGAGGAGAGACUGUAUCUCAUUCAGCCACUCACAGAGGGUUUUACUGACAUUGUUUUCAUAUUGUUCCCACAUUUUAAAUUCAUUGGAAGAGAUAAUCCAUAUUUUGACUCCGUCUUUUCUUUUUUGUGGGGAAAUCAUUUGCAGUGAAGGGCUUGCAGAUACUUGUAACGUUUCCCAAAAAUUCUCUUCAAGCAUCAACAGCUAGUUUUGAGGAUAUUUUGACAAUUAUCAUGUCAAUCAUCGUUGGAAACUUUGAAAAGUCGCUAUGGAAACCUGCAUUGGAAGCACUGUUUCAAAUUGGGUUAUUUGUGGGUAAAAGUCACGACCCUGAAAAACGACGGAGUUACGAGAUUAUUGUUCUUGAAAAGAUUCUCUCAUUGCCUUGGGUUGAUGAUUCAAUGAUACCUCUUGGACUGAGGCUGGAGGCUCUCUAUUCCAUUGGUAGUACGGCAGUGGAAUUUAUGUUGAGAGUAAUUCAGGAACUGGAGCGGGUUAUCUUUUCCAGUUUCAUCAAGAUUUAUGUAUGUGGAUCACAUGGUAUUCAUGGCCCUUUUCCGUCCAAAAUAUGCAUUUCAACUUGAUAACUAAAUUUUGGCUGUUUAUCUUGAUUUGUAUUUUUCUACUGGGAAGGUUGUGGGGGAGAUAAAAGACGGAAAGACCUUAAUUCAGCUGUUUGAUUUUUAUUCCAGUCAGGUGCUUCCAUGGUACGCAUCCUUCAUGGUUUCUUUGUAAAGCACCACUUCUGUCUGUUUCCAAAUUGUUUCAUUCUUAAUCAUUGCUAUUUUUUUACUUUUUCUUGCAUAUUUGUUUGAUGCAUUACAGAGCAUCUUUUUUUUUUUGUUCAGGUUUUGCAUAUAGCUGUCUUGGUAGUUUCAUAGAAAAUUUGAACUCAAUCUGCGUUGUAUACUAAAAGUAAUGCUUUGUGAUCGGAAUUUUACUCAUGUCCUGGAUUAGGUGCAAAAGAACUGAACGGUUUGAGGAGGUUGGAAUGCGCUUUGUUCAAUGUGUUUGGAAUCAAAUUGAAAGUGAUGCUGAUUUUAAAAUUGGUUUUGGAGAAAAGGUAAUCACGUCAGGGAAAUCGAUUCGUUGAUGGCUUGUAGGUUGUCUUAAAUUUAAGGGUUUAGAAUGCUCUGAUUGGUUAGAUACUCAAAUUACGGGGCUUGCUUUCCUCGAAUUUGCUGAUUAGGACAUCAUCAUCCAGUAUCGGGAUAAGAAUUACUUUGUUAAGCUCACAAGACGCAUAUGUUCUUUUCUUUUUCAGGACAUCUCUGACGCUUUAAUGAUGACCACAAAGCUUGUGGUUUCUGGCUGUCGAGUCGAAAAACAGGUCUUGAUUGUUCAAAAAGCCUACAGUAUCCUCUUAUCGAAGAAAUUCUUUCCACCUGAACAACUGGCGUUCCCUUCUGUCGAAGAGAGCUUAAGACUUAUGCCAUGUCUCAAUCAGCUGUCACGUAAGGAUGCAUUGUUUGUAUCAUUAUUUGCAUCUGUGCUCCUAGCACUUAAUCCGAAAACACCUAUUCCGGAUACAAGUUUGAUAUUGAGAUUUCUUAUGCUAUACCUUCUGAAAGGAUGUAGCUCAGCCGCUCAAGCAUUGGGAUCUCUUCUUAAUAAAUGGUCCUCGCAUGAUACCACAGAACCAACGGCCUUCAUUCUGGAAGAGGCUAUUGAAUUAAUUCUUGAUAAAGGUCUAUUGGAAAUUAUCGAUGAUGCACUUAAAAUAUGCUCAGUGGAUGCUGGUCAAUCAAGUUCUAGUGACUCAUGUCUUAAUGAAACUCAGCUGCUGACACAUGGUUUAGUUGGUUUGUCAUGGAUUGGAAAAGGUUUGCUCAUGCGUGGUCAUGAAAAAGCGGAAAAAGUGAUCCGUCUUCUUCUGAAAUGCUUACUUUUACCUGACAACAUGAAAACCACGUCAUCUGGAGAAAAUAUAUCAGUAGAGAGUGGGCAAGAUAAGCAUAUUCUUGUAGCUAGAUCUGCAGCAGAUGCAUUCCAUGUUCUCCUCUGUGACUCAGAAGAUUGUCUCAACAAAAAGUUUCAUGCCACUGUACGGCCACUUUACCAACAGCGGUUCUUUUCAGCUGUGAUGCCCGCCAUGUUGUCUUCAAUAAAAGAUUGUAAGUCGCAAACUACAAGGUAUAUACGUCACUUGUGGGCAUUCGACCAUUUCUCAUUUUCACCAUUGUAGUUUUAUUUUAGGUCCUUUUUGUUGUGGACUGAUGUAAUUAUAAAUUUAAGUUGGUUCUUGAUUGAAAUCAUCCAUGUGUACAAUUAUUUGUCUAUUUAGGAUUCUGAUUGCAGAAACUUUUUCUCAUUAUCUGUCUGUCUUGGGCGCAAUCAAGCAUCUUAACUGCUCUGGACACUUUAUAAACUUCCAUCCUAAGCUUCACUUUUUUUUUGUAAGCGUAUUUAUUUACAUAAGGAAAUUCACUUUGCAUUACGAUUUUAUCUGCUUUUUUUUGUCCUCUUGCCUGUGAUUUCGUUCAAAGUUUUCAAUUUGACCCCUGAAAAUCACCAGUGGAGUUGUAAGAAGAUGGACGUGCAUGCUCUUCACCCUGUGUUUCCUGUAAUAAUCUUCAUCUUCUUAAAUUUCCUUGAGGUGCUUGAGACUGCCUACCUAAUUUUUUAUUUUUUGUGUUGGGCGGUUAAAAUACAUCCAGAUUGGUAUUGAACAGUGGGGCAUACGCUUGCUUUUCCACGCACGUGCUGACAAUAUUUAUUUGUGAUCACUGUUUUUUAUAUCAAUCUGAAUUCGCUUGUUUUGGCUUGGGGAGCAUCACCAUCGGAGUUCAUGUCUCUCAUUUGCUUGAGUUCAUUUCAUAAGACACUGGUUCUUCGGAAAUGGGACAUUGUGUCUCUCCGUGCCCCCCUCUUUCUUCAUCACCCUCUUCCUGUUCCUUUUUCUUAUUAUGAUUUCAUCUAUCUUGAUGAUGGAGAAUCUGACCAGCAGUCUGAUUCCUUGAUGCUGCUCGUGGCAAUGGUGAGCCGUUCUCCUUAACCAUAAUAGGGAUUUGUUAGGCAGCAUCUUUAUGCUUAUUUGGUGAUUGUUAGGCCUUCCAUAUUACCAUGAAAAUUUCAUAAUGCUUGCCAAAAGGAUAUGAUUUUGUCAAAUGUUCUUCACCCAGCCAAACUAGCAUAAAAACUUUGACCUGCACCCUUUCUCAGCAGUCAGCGUGGCUCCAUUUCUGGAAAAGAAUGCUCCUAAAGCAAGAGACAGAUGGCUUUUGCCAACCCUGGAGUCGGCUUACCACUAAGGCAUACAUUGUUAAACCUUGACACAACUCCUGUAGCUGGGGAGCGGACUCUGAAUCUUGCGUAUGCUGUUGCUGCGGAUCACCGCAAUACAAGGGGAGAGGAAGAAAUGGGUCUAUAGAUAGUUAUCAUCAAAAAGAAACCCUGGGAGCUUAGAAUCAGAUUGAUCCGUUGUGGUCGGGGAACAGUAUUAUAAGUCAUGGAAGUGAAUUUAAGGUUUAGGGUUUAGGGUACUUCCUCGUCUAAUGUGGAGUUCAGUUGACCUCCACAAUUCUCCCACGUACAGAAGAUGACAACGGCAGCGAUGAUAAACCCAGACCCUGAUUUGGGGUCUCCAAGAAGAUCAUCUUUGUGCAUUUCUUCGUGAAUAGCUUCAUUCUUUUGCCAUGGAAUGCACGCUUUGCCUUGAAAAGCCAAAGUGAGCCCUUAGUGAAAUGAAAUAAAUUCGCUACCUAGAUGAGGAUGUGAGUGCUGAAUGUUUUCAAAAUUGUGAAGAACACUUCAGAAGAAGUACGUUUUCCAAUCCUUAACUGGUUUUCAAGGCUUCUUUACCGAAUUUCAUGGCAUGUUCCAGGGGGAUCCUGUACCGGGCUUUUGGUCACAUUGUUUCCGACACCCCGCUGGCGGCUGUCAUCACAGAAUCUAGGAAGGUACCACCAUUUCACAUCGUGACACUGUUCUUAGCCAAGAAUUUAUUUAUUUAUUUAUUUAUUACAUGUGAAAAUCUCAGAGCCCAUAAUUAUUUUUUUCCAUCUUCUCUCUCAGGUCGUCUCCUUCAUACUGGACGCCUUAUCCGUUCUGAGUCUCGAAAGUCAAAGUAAGGAGAUGGUUUAUGGCUUGCUGUUGGUCUUGUCAGGGAUUAUCACGGUUGAGAAUGGUGAGAUUGAUCCGCAGAUGGGCGAUUUCUUGUUCAUACACUUCGUUCCUGGGCCAGUUUUUCUUUUUUCUUUUUUUGGAUAUGGAAAUAACCUCCGAAUUUGAUUAUUUACUGUUCAUGCUCUCCAAUGCCCUUCCCAAGAAUAUGAUUAAUGAUAAUAUAUCCUACGAUACUCUAAAUUCAUCCAAAACCUAUGGUUCAUUGCUAUCUAUCCAAAAUAUAUCCUCCGAUUUUGUUUUAAAAUGAAGCUUUUUUGGACAAAUUGUGCAGAAAAGGAAGCAGCCAUGGAGAAUGCUCCCAUCAUAAUUAGCUGCCUCAUUGGACUGAUUUCAUACCCUCACAUGAUGGUGAGCUCCUUCUUCUUCUUCCUCUGCUUCUUCUUGUUAGAACCACACCCUAUACCGUACUUUUUUGUUAAGAGUAUCUGGUUGGUAUGCAGACCUCCUGUUCUUCCAUUAAACCCAUCGCCUGCUUGAGUUUUAUCGUUGACUUUCCAAUUUAAGACGACAAAGUGGGUUCCCUCUGAAGCCCAUUUGACUUUCUUUCUCAGCAUGCUGAUUGCUAAAGACCGUGUCUUUUGAUCUCUCAACAAGCUAACUGUGUGUAAUCAAAUUUUCUUAGCUCGUUCGUGAGACAGCAGUUCAGUGCCUCAUGGCCAUGUCGGAGCUUCCGCAUGCCCGGAUUUACCCCUUGAGACCGCAGGUACUUGUUCGUCUUCUUCUUCUGAACUCUCUGAUUUAUCAGGGGUUUGACUUGCUUUCUAAUCCGCUCUGAGCCCUGCAACGAAAAUUUCUAAUCCGGAUGCUUCCAGGUGCUGCGAGCCGUCUCGAGGGCUCUCGAUGACAUAAAAAGGCCGGUCCGCCUGGAAGCUGCCAGAUGCCGUCAAGCAUGGUCUGAAUAACUCUUCCUUAGUUGUCAACGGCCGUUGACCCAGUGGAAGAACACUCAUGAUCGCUGCCCUCCUGCUUUGACUUGUCCACAGGGCGUCCAUCGCUUCGAGGAGUCUCCAUUGCUGA